GAAGUUGGAAUCAAAUUUCCUUGAAAUUGUACAGCCAAGCAGAUCAAGGAAGUUGGAAUUAAAAACAAAAUUAUUAAAAUUUAUAUUAUGGGUUAGGUUUUCUUAAUGUGCAUUGUGUCAGGAAUAUAAUAUAAAAGCUAUAAUUACUAGUUAACUUUCAUUGCCAUAAUUAUUUAGCGAAUUAUCUUUUACAAUGGCACUGAAAACAGAUGUGGUAAAGCCAAAAAUUGUGAGAACAUAUGAGUUGGAUAACUUUGAAAAAUUACUCAAUGGUUUGAAAAUUGCGACAUGUAUGCUCACUGAAUCUCAUCAAGUUGUUGAUGAGCAAAGUGUGUUGAAACGUUUAAAUGCUUUAACUAUCAAUGGACCAGCAGAUGGCAACUGCUGUUCAUGCUGUGGUGUUGGCCCAUUUGAUACAAGAGCCCAGCAAAUAGCACAUUACAAGCAUCAUUGGCAUACACAUAAUUUAAAAAGGAAACUGUUUGGCAAAAGUCCUUUGUCUUUAGGACAAUUUAAUUCUAGACAAGAUGACUCCAGUGUAUCAGGCAGUGAUUCAGACACAGAGGAGAGUAACAGCAACCCAACAAGUGAACUGUUUGCGGCAGCGACCAGGCACUGUAAGGCUUUCUUCACUAAUAAGAAGGGCCAGGUGUUCUGUAUCUAUAGGUGCAUAUUGCAUCACCGGAAGGAGGAGCUGUCGACCGACGGCGAUGGCACGGCGUGGGUGGAUCGUUGCCAGCGGCUGACGCUGGCCGGGUACCAGCGGUGGGCGGUGCUGAUGGUGUCGGGGGGGCACUUCGCGGGCGCGGUGUUCUCGGGCGGCGUGCCGGUGGUGCACAAGACGCACCACUCGUACGUGACGCGGCGCGGCCAGGGCCAGGCGCAGGCCGCGCGCGACCAGCACGCCGCCGCGCCGCGCUCUGCCGGCGCCAGCCUGCGCCGCUACAACCAGGCGCAGUUCCUAGAGCAUGUUCAAGAAAUUAUGUCAGGAUGGGAGAAUGAUCUGGCCGGUUGCUCCUUAAUAUUAUAUCGGGCGGUAGGCUCUGUAAACCAGUCGGCGAUAUUUGGCAAAAAUUCGCCCUUAAAAAGGGAGGAUUUGAGGGUGCGACCGCUGCCUUUCCCCACCAAGAAACCUACAUACAAAGAGGUGAAGAGAGUACACGAAACUGUCGCCAGUAUUGAAGUAUAUGAUACCAUGGAAUUAUUUCAAAAGGCAUUAAUAGCAUCCGUUGGAGUGAAAACCACGUCAUCUGAUCCAAAUGUUGAAAGGAAAAAGCCUCAAAAAAGUCCUAACAAGCCUGUAGAUAGAGCAAAAUCCAGAGAGCGCGUCCCCCGCGAGUUGCCAACCCAAUUGAUGUCGAGCGAAGACGAAGGCCCAUGUUAUAUCGACUCGGAGACACCGGUUGGCUGGAUUAAAACAUUAUCAGAGCAAAGCAGUAGAGGCGUCAUCACCAAUUCCAGGAAGGACCUGCUCAACGACUGCAAUGUUACGUGUCCGGCGAGCUCUGACAGCGAAGUGGAGAAUUGUCCGGAGAAGAAGGAUCAGAAAAAGAAGAAGAAGAAGAAGGCGGACGACAACAAACAAGAAAUUAAGCAACCUCCGAAGAAACAACCGCAGAAAAUAUCGCCGAAUAUUAAGAAGAUGUGGAAAUUAAUAUUGGGCGACGAGUGUCAUUCUCUGGAAACAAUACUGGAAGGCUGGGAGAGCGCUGAGUUGGAGGCGGCGUGUAACACUCAAGACCCGGCCGACGGUAACACGGCGCUGCAUAAAGCCGCGAUAGCUGCCAAACCGGAGAUCGUUACGCAACUGCUGACAGCUGGUAGCAAUCCAUGUAUAAAGAACCACGAUCUGAAGACGCCCUACGCGGCGACACCACACGCGGACACGAGGAUCGCGUUCCGAUUGUUCCAGGGACAGUUCCCCGAGAAAUACAACUAUGCAAAGUCUCAAAUUCCGGGGCCAAUAACCCUGGAACUUCUAGAACAAGAAAAGGAGAAGAAAGCGCAGCAGAAGCGUGCGAAGCGACAGCGCGACAGAGAGAAACAAGUUGAGAAGAUACGCACCAACAAAUUCUUGCAGUUGACUGAUGCUGAGAAGGCAAAAUUGGACGAGCCACGAUGCUUCCUCUGCGGCGCGCGACUACCAAAGAAGCCGUUCGAGUACAACCAAUACAAGUUCUGCAGCAUUGGAUGCCUGCAAAACCAUAGGAACGUUAGGCCGCUGAAAAUGAGCGCGUAAUGAACACUGCCACUAGUGCUUCUCGUUAUGAAAUAUUCAAAAUACUAGAUAAUUUUCUGUUUAUAAGGAGUCGUCCAUUAAUUACGUGAUAUUUUUUAGCAACUUUUGAACCCCCCUUCUCCCCAAUGAUACAUAACGAGAUUUUAAAUUAACCCCUUACCCAAAAUCAUGUAUAUUUUAUACGUUACCACUUUCCAUUAGGUGGACCGUCAGCUUGUUUGCCAUUCUAAGUUGUAAAAAAAAAUGGUCAUGCGCUGCUUUUCGGCUUAAAAAUUGCGCGUUCAAUGGGAAAGUAAAUACACGUGGUAUCUUACUACAUCCUCCCACCUUCUUUGUGGUAUUUUGUAAUUUUUCCAAAUCCUCCUCCUCCUUCCCCUUUUGAACCUCAUGAAUUUAGAUAAAUAUAUUUUACAAAUAAUAGAAUUUAUAGCCUUAUUUGCGUGCCAUCGUGCGAUUAUUUCUUGUAAUCGUUUAUAUUUAUAAUAAGUUUACUAUUGUAAUCUUUUGGAGGAAACAAUAAAGAGUAUCUAUCUAUCUAAUGGACGACCCUUAUAUAUAACAGGUGCACUUUUUUUAUGGGUGAUGUGGUAUCUAACCCCGCCCGCGCUAUCAUUAUACGUUGGCGGGACACCAGUGAGGGAUGAUAGGUGACGAUGGAAGCAGGUCAGUUAGCGUAACGAAUUUCACUAGAAUUAACCACGAUGGUUUCCAGGGGAAACCGCGUAGAGGUCGACCUGAUUUUUUUUUUAUUGCUAGUUACUAUGGUCAGUUAGACCCCAUUACUAACAAUGCCUUUUCCCCCCACCGGUGCACUUUUGCCUUCUUAUUCAUAAGAACUAAAACCUACAAAUCUAUUUUAACUUUUACACGGUUUUGUCACAUUCUUUCAAAUUGGAAAUUUAGUGUAAAAGAAAGAGAAAGAACAACUCAAUUCAAUAGUUAAAGUAGCUUUAUGAGAGAUUUGACGCUUUUAUGAAUGAGAAGGUAAAAGUUUACAAUAAAGAGGAAAUGUAACAAUACAAUAAUGACUUUAAAAGUCAUGUACAUAUAGUGUUUUAAAUAAUGUUUUACACAACGCACUUGCUUUAAAGUGAGUGAAAUAAAUAGUUGAUUAAUAUA